AUGUCCAGUCUUCUACAACUGAAUAAAGCGUGAGAGGUUAAGUACCGGUGCAGUUUAGGUUAUUUUUUAUACUGGCAAUUUUUAAUUAAGUGUGAAAUGGUACUAUUUGGUACUCAAUUAGCAGUAAAUUAUAUUAGGUGAUUUGAAUACAAACGCGAUUACUUGAAAUCAAAAUGACAUCUUUUGUAACUGAUGUGUUGAUCACAGCAGGGAAAUUGGAGAAAGUUAAUUUACACGAAAAAAUAUCAGAAAUACAAAAGGAAAUAACAAAAUUAAAAUAUGAUGUUAAAGAUUUUAUGGACGAUAAUUAUGUCGAAUUUAUGUCAAAACUCACGAGAGAUCAACAUUUGGUAUCGAAAGGUGAAAAAUUACUCGAAGAAAUGAAUUCUUUACAAAGAAGAAUAGAUGAUCAGGUUAAGAUAGAAUUAUCAGGAUCUACAAAGGAGCUAAAGUCACUAUCAGAAGCUCUAAAAGAAUCAAACAUGAUGUUACAACUAUCAAAUCAACUUUUAACACUACAUGAAUGUAUAAAAUCUGUAAAAAGUUAUCAGGAAGAAAAACGAUAUGUGGAUGUAGCUAAGACAUUAUGCCAUAUGUAUAGUAUCCUAAAUGAUCCACAAACUGGUCUACGCGAUCUUGAUAUUUACACAGCAAUUGAGGCAGAAUGUUUGAAUUUGUAUACUUCAUUUUUAUCUGACACAUCGUCAUUGUUGUACGAGCGAAUUUGUUGGACCGGCAUCGACGAAAAAGACGCAAAGAUCGUCACAUUAAGCGUAAAAGAUGAAUUCGAUGAUAUGCAAGAAUUGAUUCAGGGUUUGCAUUAUAUAGACAAUCUCUCAAGUCAUCUGCACAGAUUCUCUACAAUGCUUAUGGACUACAUCAUCACUCCCAUCAUCAAUGAUGAUUGUUCCGUGUACGUGGUCGACGAGAAGGUUUUCACCGUCGAAGUUCUGAACAAAAAGAAAUCGCCGAGCUACAAGAGCGUACUUUACAAUUUAGAAUUGCUAUUCAAAUUUCUUCAUCAGUAUUUCAGCGUGAUCGUAUAUGAUGAGGAAACCUUCUUAAAGCAGAUACAGCCUCAUUUACUGGAUCGAUUAUCAACUUCAUUAACAGCCGACUGUAUCUCGCGAAUUAUUCCAACUUCGAACGCUGAUCUGAAAAAUUUCACACCCAUCGUUCAGGCAAUUAAUGAUUUCCAAUAUUUCUUAGUUAAAAUUGGGUUCAUCACGAACGAUCAACUCUUCCUCUCAGAAUACACGAAAAAUAUUGAUCAGUUGUUCAUUAACAAAGUUUGUCAAGAUUUGUUAGCGAAAGCUCGGAACAUUAUGAAGAAAGAUUUACACGAUUGUAUCAUGUAUGAGCCCCAAGAACCACUUGAAUUUCCAGACGUCACAUAUGAUUAUGAAAAAUUAAAGAUUGACAAAAAAUUAAGCGAUAGUACGUUUCAACUUCCUAAGUGUCAAAUAAGCAAGAAUACAAAAGAGAUAUUAGAUCUUGCACGAAAUAUUUUGGACGAAGCGUGUUACAGUUCAGAUUCGUGCGCUGUCCGACUGUUUUAUACGUGUAGGAAUAUUUUUGAAAUGUAUGCAGGUCUCGUGCCUGAACACCACAGAAAAUUUUUAGAAACAAUUCCGCAACAAGUUGCGGUAUUCCAUAAUAAUUGUAUGUAUCUCGCACAUCAUCUUCUCACAUUGGGAUACGAAUAUGGAGACAAAUUACCGGAUUCGUUGAAAAAAUGUAAUUUAACUUUUGCUGAUCAGGUACUAGUAUUAAGAGAUGUAGGAUCAACGUGCUUUUUAGAGCAUAUGAAGUACCAACGAAAUAUUAUUUUUGAUAUUCUCAAAGAGUCUGGUUUGUCAGCAUUAGGUCAAACUUCUGAUUUACAUCCUAGCACUGAGCGUGCAAUGAGGCAAUGCAUUAGACAAUUGGAAUUGUUAAAAACAGUUUGGCUAGAUGUGUUGCCGGUAAAUAUAUAUUGUAGAGCUGUAGGAUGCAUUAUGAAUUCUAUGGUCGAAGAUCUAAUAAUUAGAGUAACAUCCGUCGAAGACAUUCCUGCUGAUGUUGCAACUGAACUAGUAGCAUUAUUUAACAUGAUCGUUAAGCGUGCACCACAAAUCUUUCCGGAUCCUCAAAAUAUCCAACAACACGUACGAAAGUGGGAGAAGUUUUUAGAAUUAAUUCAAGUAUUAGGUGCAUCGCUGAAAGAAAUUGAAAUUAGGUGGGACGGCGGUAAAGGGCCGCUUGCGCGUGAAUUUACAGUAUCUCAAGUGAAACAAUUAAUUAGAGCGCUAUUUCAAAACACCGAACGGAGGUCUAUCUUAUUAGCUUCUAUAAAAUAAUAUUAAAAUUUAUAAAUCUGUACAUGGAAGAAA